GUAAAUUUCUUCAAAACUGGAACUAAACGGAAAACUAUGCAGGAACUAGCUGGAAGCUCCCCGUCAAUCAGUACGCACAUCCAAAACUCACCGUGGUUCUAACCAAAGCAUGCUCAAACACACCAAAUAAUGUUCCUCACAAAACCCCAGUUUCUGAAAACAUCAACAAUCCUCACCUCAAAACACCUCCCACACACACACUCACUCUUCUCCACACACUCUUCCCCUUUACAAGAACACCACCACCUCACUGACACAACCAACACAAACUGGACCAAGAAUAUCCACGACCUCUGCACCACUCACCGCGACGUCGACUCCGCUCUUCGCCUCCUCGACCACCUCCGCCUCCACAACUACCACCCCAACUCACUCAAUCUCAGCUCCAUCAUCCAUGCACUCUGUGAUGCUCAUCGCUUCUCAGAAGCCCAUCAAAGAUUUCUUAUGUUUAUUAGCUGCGCUCAUACUGUACCCGAUGAGCGUACUUGUAAUGUGAUCAUUGCCAGGUUGCUUAGUUAUCGCAACCCGGAAGCUACAUUGGUGGUUUUCAAUCGUUUGGGGGAGAUUAAGCCGCAUUUCGUGGCGUCUUUGUGUAAUUAUAAUCGGUUGAUUGAUCAGUUUUGUGGGGUCUUGAGGGUGCGUGAUGCGCAUAGGUUGGUUUUUGAGAUGAUUAGAAGAGGGCAUUCUCCGAAUGUGGUUUCGUAUACUAGUUUGAUUAAUGGGUACUGUAAGGUGGGGGAGAUUGGGGAUGCGUUUAAGGUGUUUGAUGAAAUGUGUGAGAAUGAUGUGAGGCCUAAUUCGCUUACGUACAGUGUUUUGAUUCGCGGGGUUUUUAGAAAGAGGGAUGUAGAUCAGGGGAGGGUGUUGAUGGGGAAGCUUUGGGGAGUGAUGGGGGAUGAGGACGAGGUUAGUGUUAAUAGUUUGGCGUUUGGGAAUUUGGUUGAGUGUUUGUGUAGUGAAGGGUUGUUUAGUGAGGUGUUUGAGAUUGCGGAAACUAUGCCCCAGGGGAAGAAUGUUUGUGAUGACUUUGCCUAUGGGGAGAUGAUCAAUACGCUUUGUAAGUAUGGGAAGUAUCAUGGGGCAUCAAGGAUUACUUAUAUAAUGAGGAAAAGAGGAUUUGUACCGAGCUUUGUUUCUUACAAUGCUAUUAUACACGGGCUUAGUAAAACGGGUGGAUGUAUGAGGGCUUAUCAGUUGUUGGAAGAGGGAAAUGGAGUUGGAUACGUGCCAUCGGAAUAUACUUAUAAAGUUUUGCUGGAGAGUCUUUGUCGAGAGUCUGAUAUUGGUAAGGCAAGGAAUGUGCUUGAGAUUAUGUUGAAAAAGGAAGGUGUUGAUGUCACUAGGAUUUACAAUAUAUAUCUGAGAGCCCUUUGCCUUGUGAAUAACCCGAGUGAGCUACUGAAUGUUCUUGUUUCUAUGCUCCAGACGGAGUGUAAGCCUGAUGUGAUUACCCUCAACACUGUAAUACAUGGUUUCUGCAAGAUGGAACAAAUUGAGGAGCCAUUACAAGUGUUGAGUGACAUGAUGGCGGGAAAGUUUUGCAGUCCUGAUGCUGUGACAUUUACCACAAUUAUAUGUGGUUUGUUACGUCUUGGCAGGACUGAAGAAGCUCUUGAUAUAUUACAUAAUGUUAUGCCUGAAAACGGUUUUGUACCAGGAGUUGUGACUUAUAAUGCAGUUCUUCGUGGAUUAUUUAAAUUAGACCGGACAAAAGAAGCAAUGGAUCUGUUUAACAGCAUGUCAACUGGCAGUGUAGCUGCUGAUAGUAUUACUUGGACAAUAGUAAUUGAGGGAUUGUUCAAAUCUAACCAAGUAGACGAGGCUAAGAGUUUCUGGGACGAUGUUGUGUGGCCAUCGAAGAUUCAUGAUAAUUUUGUCUAUUCGGCUAUCCUUAAAGGGCUUUGCAACGCUGGAAAGUUUGACGAGGCAUGUGACUUUCUAUAUGAGUUAGUUGAUGCCGGGGUUAAUCCAAAUGCUGUGAGCUACAAUAUUCUUAUGGAUGCUGCUUGUAAGUUGGGUAUGAAGAAAGAAGCAUACAGGAUUGUGGGAGAAAUGAAGAAGAAUGGAUUGACUCCAGAUGCAGUGUCAUGGAGGAUUCUUGAUAAAUUGCAUGGGAAUGUAAGAAGUAGAUCUUUUGUGGAGGAUUCAGGACUGCAAGAUAAGAUAAGAAUUAAGCUGUAAUGGCUCCAGAAGAAUCUUGGAUCACGACGAGAUCAAACGCGUCUUCGACCGCUUCGACACCAACAGUGACGGCCAGCUCUCCUCUGAUGAGCUAGCUGAAGUGCUCAAAAACCUUGGCACUGCCCCCUCACCCGAAGAAAUCGCGCGCAUGAUGGAGGA